AGUAAAAAUAAACUGCUAAAUACCUUUUCUCAUCAGCAGUUAGAGCAGUCCUGUGACUUCUAUCAGUGUUCAGCAGAGCACUGGUUAAAGCUUGUAGGAAGAGAUUUCAUUCUUCUCCAGGAGGAUGCAGAACCCCUGACCUCUGUCUGGACAGUGCUGAUUGGCCCUGUGCUGAUCAUAUGCACUCUCAAGAAAAAAAAAAACCUCUCUGCAAAUGCUCAUUGUCUCCACAGGAUAUGUCUUCUCAGGAUAUAAGAGGGAGAAACUGGAAGAAGGGGAGGAUCACAGAAGUCAGGAUCAAACA